AUGGCCCAUAUAUCCACCACCGAAAAGCCGCAGAUGCAGCAAAUCGACCUCAACACGCUAAAUCUGCAGCAAUUGACUCAGCUGAAAAAUCAACUAGAUCAGGAAUUAUCAUUCUUUCAAGAUUCCUUGAACAGCAUCAAGAUGGCUAGAUCGAAAUAUUCCGCCUCGAAGGAAGCACUGGAACAGCUGAAAGAGGACUGGAACGAUAAGCAAAUUCUAGUACCGUUGACGGGGAGCAUGUACGUACCCGGCACGAUAAAGGAUGCGAACAAUGUCAUCAUUGAAAUUGGCACCGGGUACUACGCAGAGAACGAUCUCGAUAGCGCGAAGGCCUUCUUCAAGCGGCGGGUCGAAUACGUGCAGGAGCAGCUAGAAAAGAUCGAAACGAAUGGCAUCGAAAAGUUCAAAAUUCGUGAUACGAUUCGCGAGCUAAUGGAGAAGAAACUGGCACUGUAUAGCAAAGAGCUGCAAAAGAAGCGCGAUGGCGAAUAG